CGCCAUUAUCGCUCUGUAGAAAAGCUUCCAUUUUCGUAGACCACUCUCACUGAGAAGAUGAAUUCUCUUCAUCGUGUAGUAGGAUUGAUCAGCAGAACGACGACUACAUCUCCAAUUUCUCAUACCCGUUUCAAUCUCCCAUCGAUUCUCGUCAAUUUGAUGUCCACAAAAUCUGGAAACGAUGAAGACAAAUGGAACGACGCUUGGGAAUCAGCUUGGUUACCAGAUGAUCUCACAGAUAAAAUCCGAGCACCAUGGGAGAGAGAUGUGAACUUCCCUGUAAAAGAAUCAACGGCGACGGCGAUUGAAGAAAUCGAUGUGGAAGCAAAAGCGUUCGUAGAGGAUAUGAAUGAGCAUUGGGACGAGAGGAGAGGGAAGAGUGGGAAAGUGGAGAAGAGAGAAGAGAAGAAGAAAGAGAUUGGAGAUGGAGAAGAUGAAUCAUCAUCAUCGCUUUAUAGUUUGGAGACGAUGAAGAAGGAUUAUAGGUUGAAGAAACAAAGAGUUCAUGCUUCUCUGUGGGUUAAAGAGAUUGAGAAAUUGGAAGAAGCUAAAUUGGAUGAUUCUGGAUCUGGUGGUGGAGCUGAUGAUAUUGAUAGGCUUCUUGAUAGUUGCUCAGAGAUUUUCGAUUCGGUAGACCAUGAUUUUGACAAAUUAGAGGUUUCGAGUGGAUCUGAAUUGAAGAAUAAGCCUGAUGGUUGGGAAUCAACAGCAAAGGAACAAGAUGGAAACCUCUGGGAGAUGUCACAAAGAGAAGAAGACAUUCUUCUCCAAGAAUUUGAUCGUCGCACUGCCUUCUGCAAAUUUCAGAUAGCUAGUUUUAUAAAGCAACACAUAUUCAGUAGGAGAAGACCGAUUGAUGGGUGGAAAUACAUGAUUGAAGUGAUUGGUCCAAAUGCGAGGAAAGGGAAAGGAAGUGUUUCUAGGCUCCCGGCUUUAUCGGAUGUGUCGACUCAGCCGUUUAAAGAAGAAACCAGCAGUCUCACUACCUUGAAGCGUCGGUAGAAGAAACUAGAGGAGUUCACAAUGUUUGUUAGAUUGUUAAAUGAUCUUCAACUACUUGCACUUGUUAAAGGCCGGCCAUGUCCUCUGUUCCUACAGUUCUACCAUUUCGGGUUUUAUAUUAGCAUCAGUUCUUCAAUCAUGCAAUUUCUUGUUAGCUUAGUUUUGAAACGUUGAAACAAUGGGUCUUGUCUUAGAUGUUGAUCAAGAACAGAGGACAAAUCUCACCCAGUAGAAACUAACAAUGUUGAAAAUUAAAGCAAAUAUAAUCAGAUGAGAGACAGAGAACUAAGAGAAACAACAAACCAUGUUCUUGAGACCAAACAAAAUGAAGAAACAGAUGUAUAAAGCCAGUUAAAGAGAGAAAAACCGAAACAUAGAUCAGGUUGACAAAAAAAAACGCAUAGAUAAAGCGCACAAAAUGACAUGCCCAUUGGAGGACGCCUGACUUGAGUGUACGAGACACAUUGAAGUAACUCAA